CCCAGAAGCCUCAUGCAGACAGCAAUGAUGGCCGAUCCACUUGUCAGUUUGGCACAUCCCCUGCUCAACUGUCCGGAUAAAACACCCAUCCAGAUCCUACAUGAAUAUGGCAUCAAAGUCGGCAGCGCGCCUAAGUACGAGCUACUACGCGCUGACGGGGACGCGCACCAGCCCUGUUUCAGGUUCAGUGUUACCAUAGAAGAAAUUUCCUGCAAAGGUGAAGGAUCUACUAAAAAGGCAGCGAAGCAUGAAGCUGCAGAAGCCGCCAUAAAAUUAUUGAAACUGGACACCCAGCCUAAUGAUCAGAGAGAGAAUAAUGGCCUUUCUUCUGAAGCAGGUGAUGUGUCCAACCCUGUGGGAAUACUGCAGGAACUGGCCAUGCAGAGGGUGUGGUGCCUGCCCGAAUAUGUGUUGUGUAUGGAAUCAGGGCCUGAUCACAUGAAAGAGUUCACCAUUGUCUGUCGUCUAGAAGGACUGGAGGAGACAGGGACAGGCAGUUCGAAAAAGAUGGCCAGACGAGCAGCAGCUGAACGAAUGCUGGGGAAAUUGCAGAGUUUGUCAGGAUCCCCCGAAAUCACAUGGAGCCCACCGCCUCGUGUGUAUAUGGAGAGUCUUCGGCACUCUGUGGGAGAGAAAAUUUCUGUCCUGAAGAGGACGCCACUGAGCAUCCCAAACACAGACUACAUUCAAAUGCUGCUGGAGCUGUCUUUGGAGCAGGGCUUUCAGGUCACGUACAUGGACAUCGAUGAGCUGACAGUGAAUGGGCAGUACCAAUGUUUGGUGGAGCUGUCCACCAGGCCGGUGACAGUAUGUCACGGUUCUGGAAUGACCAGCAGUAACGCAAAUAACACUGCUGCACACAAUGCUCUGCAGUACAUCAAGAUGGUCGCUAAUCAACACUAACAGCAGUUCUGGGACCAGCGGUUACACCAUGUAUAUUAACACUGAGCACAGAUCAGUAGAGGAUGAUAUCAACUCGAGCAGACCUGCACGUACUGAUCCACGAAGCUGUGGCAGAUUGAUUCACCAAGGCCUGUUUGACACAGCUUGUGUAAGCAAGAGCAGACAGACAUAAAGCUUCCACACCGACAGCGUUUCUGCUGCGUAAACAAAGUGCAGCUAAAUUUAAAAUAAAGUUAUUCCUGUAACACCACACUUAAUUUAUAGUUGUUAAAGAAUAAACUGUUUUGUUAUAUAAAUGGUUAUUAGAAGUGGGUAAGAACUAUUACAAACUUGAUUACCAUUUGGUUGUAAAUGUAAUUGUAUAUUAGAUGUCAUGCAGUUAACUUACACAAUGAUUUAACUGCUUAAGUUGUUUAUAAUUGUUUUGUUUUUCCAAGCAAUGAACAAAAAACAAAACAUUGCUCACUACUUCUGAAAUGUAAUCUGGUACUGAUUACGGAGUACACAACUGAAAUUAUAAUCAGUAGUGUAAUCUUUUAGAUGACAAUUUAGGUAAUCUAAUCUAAUGAUUUAUUACGUAUUUUACGAAAAUCAAAUUUUAGGUUUAUUAAGUACCAAUAUAUCCUCUAGAAAACAAACAACAAUUUGCUAGCAAUCUGUAAUCUUUAAUCCGUAUGAAAUUUGAUUAUACUCAUUUAAAAAUGUAAAGUUAUCUAAUUAUCAGUGCUCGAAUUUUUUUUUUUUUUUUUUUUUUUUUUUACAUAAUCCAGGUCAUGUGUAAUCUCUUACUACCCAACACUAGUUGCUGAAUAGGUUUAUAGUGCUUUUCCCAGAUGUUUACCGCUGAGUGUAGCAUGUUACGCUCAACAAAAAUAUCCUCUGCACUGAAAUUCUACUUGCAGCCAUGCCUCUGCUAUUCAUGCACACAGUGUGAAUGCUGUAACUUGUUAAUAUGUGCUGCUUUAUGGUAGCUGUGUAAAACAGGCCCUAGAAUCAGAAGAAUAGGACUUUCUGCUACAUAUUUCACAAAUAAACAAGUGGUUUUCGUCAAGCCUAUGCAGUCUUAAGCAAGUCUUGUUUUUUUCUUUUGUUUGUUUUCAAGCCCUCAUUCAAGCCAAGUAAUGUAGAAAAACUGAUGACAUUAAUUUCAUAGAGUACCACAUCCGCACCAAAGAUGUUUACAUUUGAAAACGCUUUCCCUCUCAUCUACAUAUUCCACACUGGAGGAGCAUUUUCCUCCGCCAAAAAUAGAGACUUUCGAAAGCACUGUAAAAAGGGAUAAUUUUCUAUCCGUUCCGGAGUGGAACUUCAAUAAAUUGCCCUUGAAGGUC